CCAAACACACUCUUAGGAUAUUGAGCUUGAUGGGUUGUGUUGAUUUGAAAAUCUUUCCAAAGAAAUUGGAAAUGUUUUCCUUGAAGAUGCUCUUUCUUUCUGACUGCUCAAACAUUAAAAGACUUCCCAAUUUUGGGAAAAAUAUGACAUGCAUUACGGAGCUUAACUUAUUGAAUUGCAAAAAUCUUAUAUCCCUUCCAAACAGCAUUAGUAACUUGAAGUCUCUCAGAAUUCUCAACAUAUCAGGAUGUUCUAAAAUUUGUAACCUGCCAGAUGGUAUAAAUCAAAUUAUGGCUUUGGAGGACAUUGACUUGAGUAGAACUGCUAUUAGAGAUUUGGAUCCAUCCCUACUUCAGUUAGGAAAUCUCAAAAGAUUAUCUUUAAGAAGCUGUCGUGAUCCAGCUACCAAUUCAAGCUGGAACUUUCAUCUGCCUUUUGGCAAGAAGUUCAGCUUUUUCCCAGCUCAAACAACUAACUUAACUUUGCCCCCUUUUCUAUCGGGCCUUUCCUCAUUAACUGAAUUAGAUUUAAGCGAUUGCAAUCUCACCGAUAGUUCAAUUCCUCACGAUAUUGAUUGCUUAUCGUCAUUGGAGAGACUAAUCCUUAGUGGGAAUAAUUUUGUAUGCCUACCCACUCACCACCUCGCUAAUCUUUCAAAGCUUCAUUAUCUUGAAUUAGAAGAUUUCCCACAACUUCAAUCUUUACCUAUUCUUCCACCUCAUGUACGCAUGUAUGUAACAGAUUCAGAUGCUAAGGAAGCUAAUGCAGUAGAUCCACAAAAGAUAUGGAAGGUGUUUGAAUCAAGUGAAAAAGAAUUCUUAGUCACCUGUACCUCAAAGGUUUGAUUUCCUCUAUCCUAUGUACUUCAAAAUCCCAUCAAGAUUUGAUAAUCAGAAUUUUUUUCCCUUGAGCUCGUCAUAUGUGUCAAAACUUGAUUCAGUUGCAUUAGUAACAGUGGACAUCCCUGAUGAUUGUCUUUCAAGUGACUGGUGGGGUGUGGCUGUAUUUGUGGCCUUAGAAGCUGAAGUUCCACAGGAUUCCAAGGAAGCUACUAAAGGUUUUCUUCUCAGAUUCAUGCGCUUGUAUUGGAACUUCGAUACUCUAGGACCUGAAGAUGGCCCCUCCUUAUCACUGUCUGCAGGUUCAACAGCAUAUAAUGAUCUUUACCUCAUCACAAUGGUAGUGAGCGGUGAUUUUAUAUACAUACGGAGACACCGAAGAGGCGACCGGAAGUCCAUGCAGGAAUCCUUCAGCAAGCAUAGAAAGCCAGAGUUCACGGAAAACAGUUCACUGCGUUUCGAAAUGCGAGUGACAGGGUGCAAGAUAAGAAAAUGUGGGUGGCGUAUGUUGCGCAAGGAAGAGUAUCUUGAAGACUUGCAAAUGCUGAAUAGUAGUGGACUUGUUGUAGCACCUUCCAAUUCUGGGCAUUCAGCUGGUAUGGAAAAAUCAUCUGUGGAUGAAUCCAAUGGGAAGGAUACUACUGCUUUGGAUGUGCUGAACAUAGAAAGGUCUAAUGAGAACUUUUCUUUGGGGAAAAUAUUCCACAAUAUCAGGAAAGGACUAGGUUUAAGUGUGCUAGCUUUGAUAUCAGUGAUGGUUGGGGUUACAGUAUUCCGUUCGCCUAUGCAUGAUUUGCGCUUCAAAAAGCCCACCACAACAAUUGAGACGAUAACAAAUACAAUAUUAAAAUCACAUUGGAUUUCGUCCAAUGAUAUUGUACUCAAGGUCAAUACACUGCAGUUGCAACACAUUCAUCGUAACAGAAAUGUGAGGCAGCGGUUGCCAUGUCCAACAUACCAACCACCAAGGAGGUUGAGUUUAUCUCAAAACCACUUUUGUUUAACUAGAUGAGAGACAUUCUGCUGUUUACCAAUUUUAUUCUUAUUUGUAUUUUAUACAAUAUUUCAUUUUUUUUUCUUUCAUUCUAAUGGGGAUUUGUAAUAAUGUUUGAGAUUUCUCUCAAAACC